AUGGAUGGUGAUGAUGGUUUGAUUAAGCCUAGACAACAUUAUCAAGAUGGAGCAAGGAUAAAUGUUAGUGAAGAAAACAAACCGGUUGAAUAUGAAGCCCUUAAGUACUUCAAUAAGCUCUGGAAUAAAGCUAUUGAAGAUAGGUGGCAUGAGAAUUCUGGGAUAAUGGUACCUGAUAAAGUAAACAAAAGGACAAUUAGAAAUGGGAUGUUGUUUAUAGAUAAAUGCGGCUUUGACCAAAGUCGAUAUUGGAGUAUAGAGAAUAAGGCUAUGAGGAGUUAUAAUAAAAUGAAUCGAAUAUAG